AGAAAUAAAGAUGUAUCUAAUUCAAAUAUUAUUUAUAAUUCUUAUUAGUGUUUUUUCAUUUUUAAUGGGUUUCUCAAUCAAUAAUACAUAUGUUGAUAAUGGUUGGAGAGCGAAUAGAAAUUACCCAUGGUUAGCAAGAAUACUCCUUGAUUAUAGUCAAGAGACUGGGCCUUGGGAGAGUUGUGAAGGAAGUUUAAUUGCAUCAAAUUGGAUUUUAACGGCGAGGCAUUGUGGAAUUUACAAUCUUGAAUUAAAGAGUGAAAAUAUUAUGGUAAGCAUUGGUGGCAACCACGAUUUUAGAAAUGGGGAGUUUAUAAGAGUCUCUGAAUAUUUAUUAUAUCCACAAAUAGACGCAAGAUAUAAUACUGGUAUAAAUAUAGCUCUAUUAAAAUUAGAACACGCUCCUAAAGGCUAUAAUCCAAUACGAAUACAAUAUACAGAUCGCAGUUAUGAUGGUGAGACUGUCACAGCUUAUGGUUGGGAAGGCGAAAGAGUGGGAAAGAAUUUAUCCGAUAAUUUACGAGUUCUUCGUUUAAAAGUAGUUACUUCAGAUACCAACGGCUUUUGUGAUGGUGAUAAUUUAUGUAUUGAUUUGGAUGCAAACAAUCAAUUUAGUUUUAUACUCAACAAUGGCGGGCCAAUGACGAUGGAGAUUAACGGAGUUGAAACUUUGAUUGGAAUAGCUCACACUAGUCAAAGAGUACACUUACACAAGAAUGGAAUAUCACAAAAAUUUUACUAUUCCGUCUAUAUCAAACUUAGUUAUCAACCCUAUGCUAACUGGAUAGAAAAUACAAUAAGAAAAUAAAAAUUUUUAUAAUGUAUUUUAAUGCCAUCUAAUUCGGGUGCUAGAGGAAUAGAAUUAAGUAUACAAUUAUAGAUCGCCUGGUCCAAUUUAACAUAAAAUUUGAGGUAGGGGCAAGUGCUACGUAUUAUGAU